ACAGUCGUUGAAUGAGGAUUCGCUCUGUAUUUCUACUGAGUAGCGUAGUUGCAGUGAGCGUAUUCAGUGUUUACGCAGCUUCCCGAAGGACAGCUGCAAGAAAAAAAAGAGUGGACCAACAGAUGCGGUGUGUGCGCGGUGAGGAAUACGAAAUCCGUCUCAUUGGCAGCAUCAGCAGUAUAGCGGCGGGUGCUGGAGCAAAUUGAUCGAAUUGCGGUGGGAUCUCGUGUUAAAAUUGUUCACCGUGUGUCGGUCGUGUUUUUGUUUUUUUUCUUGGUUCGAUUUGUGAUAUAUGGAGAAGUUUUCGGAACAUACAAUAUUUAAGUGCUUCGGUUCGUAGCUGUGUGGAAGAGCAACAUUAUUGAAGUUUGGAAGUGAAGCAACGGCAGAUGUUGAUUGAUCUGAAACAGUUAUACUGAGCUGAUUGUUUCUGGUUCGUUCAACGGUUCCUAAUUAGUAAAUGAUGAGUGAAUCAGUCCGACAUUGAAGGUUGAAUUUGGUAGUUGAAUGACCAUAUUAAACAUUGAAAAUAAAUUCUUGAUAGUGGAACGGAAUACAGACGGUUGGUAGUAGAAAUUGUGUUACUCACAACGGAAGCUUGUUUUAUGAAACUAUUUGCCUUUGAAUUGGAAAUUCACCAAAGGAAGUGAAACGAAGCGAGACGAGGCGAGUUCCAAAGUCAGACCCCAAGAGAGCACAACACGAACAUCUGCUCAAGGAAAGACAGCCGGGCAACGUGAACAAGCAGUAGAAUUGUUCACAUCGGCGGCGAGGGCAAUACGAUAAACACCGGAAAAGUGAGACGAAACAAGAGCGUCAGCGCACGAGCGUCAUACGGCGGCAUUGACCACUAAACUCCUGCAGUUGUGCGUUUGCGACCUACUCCAACAACGAAAAGGAGCUGGCAGAAGAAGGGCACGUGUAGCAGUCUUGAAGAGAAACGAAAAAAAAACGCUAUCGAAGAUUCCGGUCAAACCAAAAACCACAACAAUGCAAGUGGAAAGUGUAGCUAAAUGGCGUGUUCCACCGUUAGACCUAUCUGCGGUCAGUGUACUCUCCAAUGAAAAUGAUCGCCGAUGGAACAAUAAUCAUCAUCACCAGGCGCCCCUGCCCCCACCACGGAAAAUCCAAUACGGUGCCGACGGACUACCGAUCGAUCCACGUGAUUGGACCCGCGCCAACGUAUGGACCUGGUUAAUCAAUCUAGCCCAAUCGGAAGGCUUGGACAUAAGUCCAGAGCUGGCGCAGAAGUUUCCCAUGAAUGGGAAAGCCCUCUGUCUGAUGAGCCUUGAUAUGUAUCUUAGCCGGGUACCAGUGGGAGGAAAAAUGCUCUAUCGCGACUUCCGAGUGCGGUUGGCGCGAGCUAUGAGUUUAUAGAUUAUGUUUUAUCUUUUAUCGUUUGGAAAACCAGAGAUUUAUCCAAAUAAUGUAUUUAAGUGAAUCAUGUUACACUCAUCAUAAAACUAAAUAACACAUCAUUACCUGUAGUUGAAUAGUUACCAUACUACCUGAGUUCCAAAGUUCCAAGCAUUAAGAUUUAUAUUCUCACUCUGCAAAGGAGGAAUCAAUUCUUCGAAAAUGGCGAACGACACUAUUCAUUGUAAACCCAUUCAGUUCAUCAUAAGAUCAGUAUUUCACAUCAUACUUUCAUUUGUUUAUUGCAGAUAUAGCUUAACUUAUUUCUAAAACAAGAAUAUUUUAUGUAUAUACGUUCCCUGAUAUUAGGAUAUCUAGUCAAUAAAU